AUGGAGAUUGAUCCGCGAUUGCAUUCAAGAGGGGAGAGCAGCUCGGAGAGUGCCGAGUCCGACACGGAAUACCCCGAGCCUCCGUCCCAGUCGGCAUCAUCACGUCCGCACCUCCCCGCGUCCAUCCUGAACCCAUACACCCAGUCUGGACAAUCGGCAUACCCCGGGGAAGCGUCUUCGGACUUCCAUGCCUUCCGUGGAUCCACGCAUAAUGACAUCGAUCCCAACGAUCCGAAUGCCGACCCGAAAAGACAGCGGGCGUGUGAAUCAUGUCGCCAGCUGAAGGUCCGCUGCGAACCGGACCUUGUCAACCCGGACGAACCGUGUAAACGGUGCGCAAAGGCUGGCAGAUCGUGUGUAGUCACGGUGCCGAAUCGAAAGCGACAGAAGAAGACGGAUAGUCGGGUUUCGGAACUAGAGCGCAAGAUCGACGUCUUAACGGCGACCCUGCAUGCGUCGCAGAAAGUUGAUGCGCUCCUACCGUCAAACAGCAGUAACCAGUCGUCAUCAUUGAGGGACGAACCCGUAGGCCGGCGAUGGUUGGUUCCAGGGCAGAGUAACUCGAACCGCUCUAUACCAUCGAGACCAGGUCCAUCAGGAAAUAAGCGGCAUUAUAGCGGGGAACUUAAAGACUCGCGGGAUACGGCCCCGCUCUCAACACCGUCGCAGACUAGCAAUCCCAGCCCAGUUGCGGGGAGUACUGAGGCCGCGGGACGACAGUGGCCUGCGCCAUGGUCUACUCCGAAACCUGCCACCAGGGAAGUCUCGAACGACCCUGAUAUCGUUGAGAGAGGGUUGGUUAGUCCGGGUGUCGCCUCAGAUUCGUACACGCGCUAUGUCGAUUCGAUGUGCCAUCAUAUACCUAUGGUGGUGUUCCCACCUGGCACGCCAAUGAACGAAGUCCGGAAACACAGGCCGGUGUUGUUUCACGCCAUAGUUGCCAUUUCGGUUGGGCCGUUUGAGCCCAGUGCACAGAACACGCUUCUCUUGGAGCUGUACAGGACGAUAGGGGACCGGGUUAUUGUUAAGGGUGAGAAGUCACUUGAUAUUGUGCAGGCGCUCCUUGUAGCGUGUGCGUUUUACACGCCGCCGGAGAAUUUUGAAGAAAUCAAAUUCUAUCAAUUGGCGCAGUUGGCUGUGGCCGUGGGGAUGGACAUAGGGAUGUAUCGGAAAGCACCAGCCAAGGGAAAGCCAUUCAACUUCAUUCGUGAUUUUGUGAAGAAUGCACCGGUUACAGAUCCUGACUCGCCAGAGAUAAGGCGGGCUUGGCUUGGGUGUUACUUUAUAUCUGUUCAGACGUCGAGCGCUUUGAGGAGACCGAUUCUCGUUCGAUGGCUUCCGUAUAUGGACGAGUGCAUUGAGGUCUUGGAGAACUCUCCUGAUGCGUUACCUUCGGAUAAAAAGAUAAUUCAAUGGACUAAAUUGGCACGAAUCAUCGAGGAAAUCAGUUCGCGGUUUUUCGCUGAUGACCUGGGGGGUCCCUCAUUUUCCGAAUCCAAGUUCCAAUUCACCCUAAAAGCGUUCGAGAAGCAGCUAGAGCACUGGAAAGACGAGGUUUUCAAGACCAAUGACUCCGCUAUAAUGACCCAGGCGCAAGCCAUCGUCAACAUUUAUCUUCACGAAAAUGCCAUGAUUCUGGACAACUUGAGCGAGGAGAACAAGACGGCCGACAUCGAUAUCUCCAACCCCGCAGCAGCAACCCGCAUAAGCGCGUUGAGCUCGACUCUAGCAUCUAUCCAUCAGGCGAUUGAUACAAUUUGCUCUAUCCCCCCGAGAGACUUAAUCAGUGUACCUACUGUCGCUCUCGCGCGAACGGCUUUUGCAAUUGUCGCUUUGAUCAAACUCUACUCGAUUGUGACGGCACCUGACUCGUAUGUUGGACAAGUGAUUGAGCCUCAAGCUUUGAAGGUGGAAAUUUACCUGGAUAAGGUGAUCGCCCACUAUACUGCUGCAGGGUCUCUCGCUGGGGGUGUUACUCCUGGCAAGUUCUCAACCGUCAUGUCAAUGCUGCGCGAGUGGUUCAAAUCACGCAAAGACCAGCAUGGAGACUUGAAGCACGCUCUUCAAGUCCCACCGGGAAAUGCUCCAGCGUCUGGAACGGACAGGAAUAGGAACACUACCUCUCAAGAAAAUACCCCUCAAGGGAACACGCCCCUCCACCUCCUCAGCGAAGUCGCCUCCGGGGAGAAAUCCCAAUCCCCGAGUCAACAACAGCAAUACCAGCAAACCUACGCACAAUCUAGGCCUGGCUACCCGCUCUCCCAACCAUCCCCAGACACAAUGGCGCAAGCGCCCGCUCUCCCACCAUGCUUAAGCCCGUCACAACUGCCCUCUCAACUCCAUACAAACACCACAGCUGCUCCCGACUCCUGGGGCCAAUUCUACCCAGCCCAAACGCCCUUCGACCCAACCACAACUGCAAGCCCCGGCCAACAACCUGUAGCCUCAGGCUACCCCGACUUCUCCGUCUCCGGAAGCAACACGUCAAUGAUGCCGCCCUCUGCCUCGAUGGGCAUGUUUGCGCCUGAGCUAGGUGUUGGUCUUGACGAGCAGUUUUGGAGUACCAUGGGCCAUAUCACGGGGGAUAUGAUGUUUUUCCCGCCGCAAGGUAGUUGGCCUUUUUAA